AUGGAUCAGAGAUGCAGACUUCCACCUAUGUCAGUGCUGGAGGGCGUAACACAACCUGGAGAUAUCAUGAUCGGAGUCUUGCUAAGUGUUCAUUUUGACAAAAUCUACCAAAAACUUACAUUCAGUGAAAGACCACCCAAGAUCCUGUGUACACUGUUCAGUUUGGAUAACUACCAUCUGACUCAGACCAUGAUACACACCAUUGAAGAGAUCAACAGGGAUCUCAAUAUUCUCCCAAAUGUAACAUUAGGUUUCCAGAUGUAUGACACCUGUAAUGUACCUCAUAAAGAAUUACAAGGAUCAUUACAAUUCCUAACUGAGUUCACCACGAUCACCUCUAGCAGCCGGUGUAGUUCUCGGCCAUCUUUCCCUGCCAUUAUUGGUUCCACUCUUUCUGCAAACUCAAUCAUCUUGGCUCAUGUUCUGGGGACUUUCAGAUACCCACAGGUCAGUCCAUAUUCAAGUGCUUCUUUACUGAGUAACCAAAAAAUGUUUCCAUCUUUCUUCAGGCCUGUUCCAAGUGAUAAAACACAGUCUAUGGGACUGGCUCUGCUGGUUUUAAACUUUAAUUGGACCUGGAUUGGUUUUGUGGCUACAGACAAUGAUUAUGGUAUUCUGGGAAUACAGAUAAUAAAGCAAGAGAUCAUUAAGGCUGGAGCGUGUGUAGCUUUUACUGAAUAUAUACAUCUGGGACAGCCAGAUCGCAAUGCUCCACAUAUAGUGAAGGUUAUUAAGGAGUCAUCAGCUAAGGUGGUUGUUGUAUUCUCUGCUGAUCAUGAAUUUGUUCCUGUUGCAAAUGAAAUGUUGAAACAGAACAUCACAGGGAGGAUAUUUAUUGGAAAUGCCGGUUGGGUCAGGACCACAUUACUGUCAACAAGAAAUUAUUUUUGCAUUUUUUCUGGCACUCUUGGCUUAACCGCUAAUAGUUAUUUGGUUCCAGGAUUAAGUCAGUAUCUCAGCAAGAUACAUCCUCCUCAGUCUAUGAGGGAGACCUGGGAGAACUUAUACUGGGAGAACUUAUACUGGGAGAAUGUUUUCAGCUGUAAAUUUCUUUAUGGGAAAAACCUUACUAGUAAUUUGGAGGCUCAAGUAACAGAAUGUACAGGAGAGGAGAAUGAUGUUUUGGCUAAAGCUUUGGAUGAUCUGAGAAGCUGCAAGAUGGGUGAUGGUCCAUUUUCCCAUGGAACCUGUGCAGACAUUUUGAAUUUCAAACCAUGGCAGGUUCAUGCUACAGAUGAAGCCAUGCUAAUCAUGGAUCUAUCUGUGACUGAGUUUGCCCGGCGAGACGGACUUCUGUGCACGAAUGGGACUCAUUGGCUCUUUGCCAAGGACUCCAACAAAGAAGUUCCUCGUUCGGUUUGCAGUGAGAGCUGUCCUGCAGGAUACAGGAAGGCUGCUAGAUCAGGAUACCCCAUCUGCUGCUUUGAUUGUGUCCAGUGUCUACAAGGAGAAAUAUCUAACCAGACAGAUUCAAUAAACUGCUUAAGGUGUCCUUGGAAUCAGUGGCCAAAUUCUGAGAAAUCCAGAUGUCUUCAAAAAUCAGUGGAGUUUCUUUCCUAUGAAGAUACAUUGGGAGGACCUUUAGCUACAAUCAGCAUAAUAUCCUCACUUAUUCCUGCUGCUAUUUUGAGGCUUUUCAUCUUGCAUAGACAAACAUCUAUAGUGAAAGCCAAUAAUUACUCUCUAAGUUGUCUUCUACUGAUGUCCCUGUGUCUCUGCUUCUUGUGCUCUUUAGUAUUUAUAGGUUACCCCCACCACCAGACGUGUCUCCUGCGUCAGGUACUGUUUGGCCUGGCCUUCACUUUGUGUGUCUCAAGUAUUUUGGCUAAGACUAUCCUGGUGGUGUUAGCUUUUAUGGCCAGUAGACCAGGCCGCAAUCUGAGGAAAUGGAUGAACCCCCAAGUGUCCUACAUGAUUAUUAUUACCUGUUUCCUGUUACAACUCAUCUUGUGCAUCACUUGGUUGUCCAUAGCUUCUCCAUUCCCACAAUAUAACACUGAAACUAAACAUGAAAGCAUUAUUGCUGAGUGUAAUGAGGGCUCCCCCAUUGCCUUCUGGACCAUGCUAGGUUAUCUGUUCCUUCUGGCCACCAUUAGUUUCAUUGUUGCCUUCCUGGCUCGAAAUCUGCCUGACAGGUUUAAUGAGGCCAAGUUUAUUACCUUCAGCAUGCUGGCCUUCCUCAGUGUCUGGGUGUCAUUUAUCCCGGUCUCCCUCAGUGCUCAAGGUAAAUACAUGGUGGCCAUGGAAAUAUUUGCCAUCUUGGCUUCCAGUUGGGCUCUGGUGAUCUGCAUGUUUCUGCCUAAAUGUUUUAUCAUAGUGUUCAGACCAGAUCAAAACAGUCAACUUCUCAUUAUGAAAAUUAAAGAUUAA